CGGAAUAGAGGUGGGAAAGGUAAGGCGGCUGACAGCCGUGAUGUAAAUACCGAGUUGGCUAACAUAUUAGCCAAGUGCUUUCUUUCUUCGACACGGUUUUACAAAUAAACGUCGGUCAGUUUGUCCGUCAAACCGUUAAAACCUUUGUGGCUAUUUUAAGAGAUGAACAGCAACGGGAAUAAGAGAGCACCAACAACAGCAACACAGCGCCUAAAACAGGAUUACCUCAGAAUAAAGAAAGACCCUGUGCCUUACAUCUGUGCUGAACCACUUCCCUCAAAUAUAUUAGAAUGGCACUAUGUUGUACGAGGACCAGAGAAAACACCUUAUGAAGGUGGAUACUAUCAUGGAAAAUUGGUAUUCCCACGGGAAUUUCCCUUCAAGCCACCCAGUAUUUAUAUGAUUACACCGAAUGGAAGAUUCAAGUGCAACACAAGGUUAUGCCUCUCCAUUACUGACUUCCAUCCGGACACGUGGAACCCCGCCUGGUCUGUGUCCACCAUCCUCACAGGGCUACUAAGUUUCAUGGUGGAGAGAGGCCCCACUCUGGGAAGCAUCGAGACAUCUGAUUACACUAAAAGACAGCUGUCUGCACAGAGCUUGGCUUUUAACCUAAAGGACAGGGUCUUUUGUGAACUGUUUCCAGAAGUUGUUGAGGAGAUCAAGCAAAAGCAAAAGGCUCAAGAAGAACUCAGUUCACGGACGCAGGCUCUACCGCUUCCAGAUGUGGUGCCAGAUGGAGAGCAGGGUCACUUUGCACUCCCGGAGAUGAACGGGCACCUCCCUUUGGGAGAAGCGGCGGCUCCUCAGCACCUCGCCAUCCAGCAGGCUAAUCGCAAUCAUGGACUCCUUGGUGGUGCUCUUGCGAACCUGUUUGUGAUAGUGGGCUUCGCUGCCUUUGCUUACACGGUAAAGUAUGUACUUCGGAGCAUAACCCAGGAAUGAGACAGGACCUUACUCGAUUGGGCUGAAAAUACUUUUUGUGGGUAUCAAGUCACCAAAGUAAGCUCCCAUUCCUUUAAAAAAAAAAAAAGAACUCCCUGAGAUGACAACCCUUGUAAGAAUCUGAGGAACGUCAGGGUGCUUUUUAAAGUACCGUACGUAAUACAGCAAAAGACUUGGCUGUAGUUUCCUACAUGAUUUCUGGAUUGCUUCACAGACUCUUGUGGCACGUGACCACUGACCAGGCCGGGGAAAAAACCUUACUGACAGGUACCUGAGGCAAUGCUCAUGACUCUUCAGUUAUGUUAUUAAAAGAAAUGACCGGUGUUUUGUCACUUUUACUAUGAGGGUGGAAACCACAGACCAAUUUACAAUUAAGGAAUUUUUGUGCAUACCACGCAUUCAGUCUUCAUAGGGUUUUGCAUCUGUGUAAUUCAACCAGCAUACAUCUUCCUUCCCACUGUUUCUCAUUUAUAGGUUUUACCAUUAUUCAUUCUGACUCCAAAUAUGUCUUCGUCUAUGAUUUGUCUGAAGGUAAAGUGUUACAGUGCACAGAUUAUUCCUCCUUGUUUAUCAUUUAUCAAUUAUUAUUCUGACUAGUUGGAACCUCCCCAAUAUCUAAUGCCAUAUGAUGAUGAAUGUGGGAGGUAGAGGAAUGCAAUGAAUAAAUGACAUUAAAUCAGAUAUUUACUUAGUUGUGUUUAAUUUUUACUCAUUGUCAUGUAAGGCAAAAGUCAGUGGUGGCUAUAAUUUCUUUGCACUUUGUGAAAGUGAUUUAAUAAAGAGUGCCGUCAUCAUUAAA